AUGAUGCAUUCUGUAAUUAAGGGUGGUUGGAGGCCAACGUUUGCUCUUGCAAAGAAAAAUGAUUCUGAAGGGAGAAAGACCCGGGUUCGCCUCUCUAAGGAACAACGAAAAGCAAUGGUCGAAUCUUUCAUUAAGAAGUACCAAGAGUUAAAUGGUGGAAACUUUCCACCCAUUAGGGCUGCGCAUAGAGAAGUUGGUGGAUCUUUCUACACUGUAAGGGAGAUUGUACGGGAAAUAAUUCAAGAAAAUAGGGUCUUGGGUCCUGCUAAAUUCAACUUAGAGGAAUUCGACGCCGAUCAGUUUUCGGAACAAAAUCCAUUGGGUUCAAUUGCACGUGGCCCUCAACCUUUUCUCGCUGCGUUUUCAAAUGAAGAUCAUCCUGAACAUAACAAAGUUCCCGAUACGAAUGACAAACUGCUUUCUGUUUCUGACAAUGGACGUGUCAUAACUGUUGACCAUGUAGAUGUGACUAACAAGGAAACCGUUGAAGCCACUGUUGUUUCUGAUGAGUAUUAUACUGGAGCUGAGUAUCCUGUGGGUGUCAACGGGCAUGUGACAAACAAUGAAUCUGUUGAAGCUGCUGUUGUUUUUGAUAGGUAUUUUACUGGAGCUGAGCUUGAAAUUGUUGACAAAGAGCAUGAUGUAGAUUCUAGCAAGGUAGAUGUGGUGGACAAGGAUUCUGUUAAAGCUGUGGUUGUUUCUGAUGACCAUUGUACCAGAGGUGAGCUCGAAAUUGUUGACAAAGAGCAUGUCAUAGAUUCUAGCAAGGUAGAUGUGACAAACAAGGAAUCUGUUGAGGCUGUGGUUGUUUCUGAUGACAAUUGUACUGGAGGUGAGCUCGAAAUUGUUGACAAACAGCAUGGCAUAGAUUCUAGCAAGGUAGAUGUGACAAACAAGGAAUCUGCUGAGGCUGUGGUUGUUUCUGAUGACCAUUGUACUGGAGGUGAGCUCGAAAUUGUUGACAAGCAUGGCAUAGAUUCUAGCAAGGUAGAUGUGACAAACAAGGAAUCUGUUGAGGCUGUGGUUGUUUCUGAUGGCCAUUGUACUGGAGGUGAGCUCGAGAUUGUUGGCCAAGUGCAUGACAUAGAUUCUAGCAAGGUAGAUGUGAUAAACAAGGAAUCCAAUGAAGCUACUAUACCUGAGAAUAAGCCCACGGAACCCAAACUGAAUGUCGAACAAGAGUUGGCAGCUACCACAAUGCCAUCAGCCAAAGUAAAUGUUCUAACAAAAGACUUGAUAGUAGAGACAUUUCCAUUAAGAUCUGUUGCUAGGACUAGCAGUGGAGCAGAAGGUUCUGAAGAGUUGAAGGACUCUGGUAAUUCCCUAGAAAGGGAUAUAAAGAAGUUGGAAUUGGAACAAGGUAAGAAUUCUGAACAAAAUGGCAUAGAGCCCACAAAUAAUUCUACUUUAUUGGAUGAGAAAUUUGAGAAUGCCCUUGGAAACAAAAACUUGAAGGAAAUCUCCAACGAUAGGCAUGAUGUGAAAAGUGCAAAUCAUUCUACCCACAACGAAGAAGUCACUGUAUCUCAUCAGAAAGCUAUAACUUUUGAAACCAAUAACCAAAGUCAGGUUGAAAAUGAAGCUAAGACAAACACUCAAGAUGAUUCAAAAUCUUCAGAAGAAGGCCAGCAUAAAGCUGAUAAAUACAGACUUGAUCAACUUGGUGGCAAUUCCCAGAGAAGAGUCAACACAACUGUUGAUAGGAUCAAUCUAGAAUCAUGGGAUGGAAGACUGAAGAAAUCGGAAAAAAAGGAAGCCAACCCUCUCUUAGCUCUAUUGAAAGCCAUUGUCAAUGCAUUUGGGAAAUUAUUGUCGGAAUGA